AUGACAGAAUUGCAAAUCGAGCAUUACAACAUAGAGCGUCUUUUGACCGAAUUGGAGUAUUAUUUUCUUUAAACUACAAAAGGUUGAAUGGCGAGCCUUUGGACAAAGUGGCUGAAAUUUGGAAUGCAUUCAUAAAAUGGAGCAAAAUGAACUUCGAUGUCGAGAGGACGAUCAACAUACCUCAUUUAGGUAAAAGAUGUUUAAUAUGUCCACUAGGGAACUUUGCUUUCAGAUUGCCUCAUGUGCAAGGAGAAGAAAUUGCGUUAGAUAAGGAGAAGAGUGUUCUUUUCUACCCAAACGAGAAUUUUUUGAAUAGUGCAAAUCUACGCUAUAGAGUACAUAUUGAAAUUUAAUUUAAAUAGGGAGAAAUCGAGACACCAACUCCAACAAUCAAAAUCAGUUAUCACCAGAUUGCCAAAUUAUGUGGUGGUAUUGAGACUCAAGUAUAACAGACUCAAAAAGUAAAUGAUAAAUCACUUGUCUCUACCAAAUAGAUGGGAGUGGACAGGUCCUUGAUUUAAGCAAUUGUGGAGGGAGUAUUCUAAUCUUUAAUUUAAAAAAUCAAAACAAAAACACAAGUGGAAGUCGAUUUGGGAUAUUUUGGAAAGUUUUUAAGAUUUGAUUCCACAUUUACAUUUGAACCCCUUUUGAAAUCUAAAGUCUAAUCUCAAAUCAAAUAAGGAUCCCAAACCAAAAAGACUGUUAGAAAUUUGAUUGAAUAAUCAAAGCAUGCCAUAGCCUUAUAAACAAGAGGACAAAUAACCAAUUUCCAAAUGAUUAAGAAUCAAAUCUAAUAAUAACAAUAGGAAAGUAAGAAAUCCAGAAUUAAUUGAUAGUUAUGUAACAGUCAAUAGAGUAGAGUCAAUUGAUGCAAUCCAAAAAGGCAGCCUUUGAAAUAUUUAGUGAAAACUCUCAAUAAAAGAUGAUGCAAACUCCAACUAGAAGGAUAGGAAAAUUAGAACAGUAAUUCAUUGUCACAAUAUAUACAUUAGUAUUCCAAUAAUGCCUGAGAUGUUGGGAGCUGGUACUGAUCCUUUGGCUAAGAACCAAGAUUUUUCGAAAUUGGUUGAAAAUCCAUCUGCUUUGAUGACUCAAUAAUUUAUCAAGCCCUAGAAUGCAAAGAUUCGUUUUCCACCAAUAUUGGAUAAGUUUGCUAGAACAUUGGCAGCCCCCAUUUCAGGAAUGAAAUAUAACAGUAGUGUAGUAGGUAGAAUCGCAUCUAAUUACAAUCCUGGAGCCAAAAGAUUCUACUUUGAUAGUGAGUCCAAGGGAGUCAGAAUAUUGAAGGCUUUCGAAUCCAAGGUGAAUUUCACUGCAAAUCCUGAGUUAUUGUAAAAACCUGCAUCUCUGGAGGAAGAGUUGUUGUAUGUCACAGGUAAACUAAGAACCAAGGAGUUGAAGGAGAAAUUAGAAGCCAAGAAUAAUUGCUAUGCAAGAUACUAGGCUUAUAUUAAUAAUGAAAUACCAUAGGAAUUCAUAGCAGAAAUCAAAUAACAAUGGGUGCAAGAUAUCAUAGAAUUGUUGCCCAGAGAUUUGAAGAAAUUGGGAGAUCAAUUGAGUCAAAAGUAUGUAGAGGAGAUGAUGAAUGAGAUAACACAUGAUUACAAUUAGAGUAUGAAGAAGGCCAUUUUGGAUUACGUACUUAAGGAUGAAGAGGAGAGGUUGAGAGUAGGAAUUGUAGAGAUCAUUGAUGAGAUCCCAGAAUAUGGAUCAGCUGUCUAUAAAGGGAUCGAACCUAGUGAAGAAUGGAAGAAGAAGGUCAAUGAAGCUAGAGAUGCAAUGGUGCAGAAUCUGGUGAUCAAUAGUUAGACCACUCUCUAAUUGUUGAAGAGUUGGUAUGCUAAAUAUUCAAAGAUGAAUUUCUUGGUGUUAUCAUCUGCUAAGGAUUAACCAAUGAACAUUAACUAUUUUACCAAGGUUCAAUAGGAUAGAAUUUAAGAGGUGAAGAAUCACUUAUAGAAUGAAUGGCACAAGGAAGUAGCUGAUCUCUAUUAGAAGGAAUUGCAUGUAGCCAAUAGAAAUAAAAGACAUGCUAUGUUAUUCUUUGAGAGUACUGCUACAUUGAUGAGUAAUUUGUUGAGGACUCAAAUUAAUGAGAGUUUGAUCUCAUAUAGAAACUUCUUCAAGAGAUUCGACAAGAAAAUGUUGAGAACUCCUUAAUAGGUGAUUGCCGAGGAGGAUGAUUUCGAUAAACCUAUUGAAGAUGUGUUUUUAACUGUUAAACUAAAACACGAUGGAAAUAAGAUUGAAUUUGCUGAUCAUCUUCAGAUGAGCAUCAAAAAUGGAAUUUUGAAAUUAAUUGAUGAUAUCUACAAGUGUUCUGAGAAUUUCCAGAGACCUGAAAAUACUAUAUCAAGAAGUGAGAAAACCUCUCUCUGGAAAAUACCAGAGGAUGAUGAUACCUUUGUUUCAACCUAUAAGACAAUAAAUGAAAUUUUGGACAUCAAUUUAAAGAAUGUUGAAAGCACCCUAGAAAUUUAUGAAAAGUAUUCAUUCUUAUUAAGAGAAACCGAAAAGGCUACGUAAUGGACAAGUGUUGCAAGAACAAGAAAUGAAUUUAUUCAAGCAUUCAAUAACUAUUCAUAAUUGUAUGAAUAAGUCAAUGAGGCGAUUCCAUUCUUUGUAAGAGUGAAUAUGAUUUUGGUUGAUGGUUGUGAAGUAAAGAAGAAGUACUUGGACAUCAUCUAAGAGAUCAUUUAAUUGUUGGAAAGAAACAUUCAUGAUUACAUAAUGACUACUAAUCAGAGAAUCAGCAAGGAAAUCUAAGCACUCUAAGAUAACAUCUAAGGCAGAGCAGACACUACUGAAAGGUUGGUUGAGUUGGAAGCAGCCUUGGAGAAGAUUAGAAAGACAGAAAAUAAGAAAGUACAAAACGAUUUCAUAGAUUUACAGAAGUGGUUGUAUUAGUUGUACACUACUAAUUAUUAAAUUAAUGAGGAUGAUUUAAUUUAGAUAUCUAACACAUCCAGACUAGUUCACUCUUUGAUGCUCAAGGUGGAUUAGGAAGAAAUUCGUAUUUAAAAGGACAGAGAUCAAUUGGAAUAAUUUAUUAGAGAAAGAAGAGAGAAGUUUUAGAAUAACCUUGAUGAAAUUACUCAAAGUAUCAACAGAUUGAAAACCUCUUACACUUCUGCCUAUUAGGUUAAGGAAGCCAAUGACAUUGUUGACAAUCAUGUUAAGAAAUUAUAAGAAUAUGUAGCUGAAAUGUAGGAUAUCUAAAUGAGAGAAGAACAAUUGGGAUGGUAACCUACUGAGUUUGUCAAACUCUAAGAAGCUUAGAAUAGUAUCAAGCCAUAUGAAGAAUUGUGGCAUCAAUUGAGAGAUUGGGAAUAGAAUUCAAUGAAUUGGACUAAGGCUAAGUUUAUCUUCAGAUUGGAUGCAGAAUCUAUUGAAAAAGAUGUCAAAACCAUGUUAACUCAAGCCAAAAAACUGACCUAUUAAUUCCCAAAGAAUACCACUCCUUAAGGCACACAAUAAUUGAUCAAAUUCUUGUCAGACAAAAUAAAUGACUUCUAAGUUUAAUUGCCUUUGAUUAGAGUGUUCUCCAAUCCAGGUAUGAAGGAAAGACAUUGGGAGGAGAUCUCAUAAAUUAUGGGAUUCCCAGUCAGACCAGACAAAGAAUAAUAACUCUCUAAAUUAAUUGAAUUGGAUUUGAAAUAGCAUUUUUCUAAAUUCGAAGAGAUUUCUGAUUCUGCUACCAAAGAAUACAAUUUAGAAAAGAUCUUAAACAAAAUGUAAGAAGACUGGGAUAAUGUAAUUACAGAACUUAAACCAUGGAAAGAUACUGGUACCUUUAUAGUUUCAGGAGCAUCCAAUGAUGAAGUCUAAACUUUGUUGGAUGAUCAAAUUGUAAAGACCAUCACAAUGAAGGGUUCUCCUUAUGCAAGAAAUUUUGAGAGCAGAAUUGCUGAAUGGGAGGCAUUUCUAUACUACACCUAAUCUCUGUUUGAUUAUUGGCUGAAGGUCCAAGGAGUUUGGAUGUAUUUGGAGCCAGUGUUUACAAGUCCAGAUAUUUUGAAACAUCUUGCUAUGGAAGGUACAAGAUUCAAGGAGGUCGAUGCCAGUUGGAAGUCAAUUAUGAACAAAGUAAAUUCGAAUCCCAAAGUGAUUGAAUACACAAAGAAUAGGAAAAUGUUGGACAUAUUAAAAGAGUGCCACACAUCCUUAGAAGUGUGUUAGAAGGGUUUGAAUUCCUAUUUGGAAGGUAAGAGAACAAAUUUCCCCAGAUUUUAUUUCCUUUCAAAUGAUGAAUUAUUGGAAAUUCUAUCAGAAACAAAGGAUCCUCAAAGAGUGCAACCUCAUUUGAAGAAAUGUUUUGAAGGUAUUUAAAAGUUGAAGAUUGACGGUGAGAAAAAGAUUCAUGGAAUGUAUUCUUCAGAAUAGGAGUAUGUGUAAUUUUAGAAUAUUGUUGACACAAAUGCAGCAAGAGGAAAUGUGGAUGAAUGGUUGGUGGAGGUUGAGAAGAAGAUGAUUGAGAGCAUUCAUUAUCAAACAGAAAAGGCAUUUAAAGAGUACAGUGAUACCAAUAGAAGGAAUUGGGUUAUUAAUAGAUGUGGUAUGGCUGUGUUGAAUAUGGAUAUGACAUUUUGGACAAGUGAAACUGAGCGCAACAUGUUGGAGAAAGGAAAUGAAGGUGUUGGAUAAUAUGCAGCCACUUGCACACACUAAUUACAGGAAAUUGUUGCUUUGGUUCGUACUGAAAUUUCAGUUUUAGAUAGAUGCACAUUAGAAGCCAUGAUUGUGUUGGAUGUCCAUAAUAGAGAUGUGUUGAAUCAAUUGUAUAAGGAGAAGGUGGAGAAAGUGAAUGAGUUCUCUUGGUAGGCUUAAUUGCGUUAUUAUUGGAUUGAUAACAAUACUACUGUCAAAAUUAUCAAUGCUGUUUGUGAAUACAAUUAUGAAUAUUUGGGAAAUUCUGCAAGAUUGGUUAUUACACCAUUAACAGACAGAUGUUAUAGAACAUUGUGUGGUGCAAUCCAUUUGAAUUAUGGUGGUGCACCAGAGGGACCUGCAGGAACUGGUAAAACUGAAACUGUCAAGGAUUUGGCUAAGGCUUUGGCUAGACAAUGUGUUGUCUUCAAUUGUUCCGAUGGUUUAGAUUACAAGGCUAUGGGUAAGUUCUUUAAGGGACUUGCAAGUUCUGGAGCUUGGUCAUGUUUUGAUGAGUUCAAUCGUAUUGAUUUGGAAGUGUUGUCAGUCGUUGCUCAAUAAAUUCUAACCAUUCAAAUGGCUAGAGCAUCGAAUAAAUCCAGCUUCACUUUCGAAGGAUCUGACAUUAGAUUGAUUCAAACAUGUAAUUGUUUUAUUACAAUGAAUCCUGGUUAUGCAGGAAGAUCAGAAUUGCCUGACAAUUUGAAAGCUUUGUUCAGAUCAGUGGCUAUGAUGGUUCCCAAUUAUGAAAUGAUCGCAGAAAUUUCAUUGUAUUCUUAUGGAUUCAGUUAAGCAAGAGAUUUAGCCCGAAAGAUUGUUACAACAUAUUAAUUGUGUUCAGAAUAAUUGUCAUCUUAAGACCAUUAUGAUUAUGGUAUGAGAGCUGUGAAAUCAGUGUUGACAGCUGCAGGUAAUUUAAAGAGAAAGUUCUAAAGUGAGGAUGAAUUCAUUCUGAUGCUUCGAGCUAUCAAUGAUGUAAACUUGGCCAAGUUUUUAUCCUUUGAUCUACCCUUGUUCUAAGGUAUUACCAAUGACUUGUUCCCUGGAAUUAAGUUGCCAGAAAUAGAUUACAAAAAUAUGUAUGAGUGUAUCAAUGUAGAGAUUGAGAAGUUGAAUUUGUAGAAGGUGCCAGACUUCAUUGUUAAAGUUAUUUAGUUAUAUGAAAUGAUUCUAGUAAGACAUGGUUUGAUGGUUGUGGGAUUGCCUUUUGGUGGUAAAACUAGUGCAAUCAAAGUAUUGGCAGGAGCAUUAACCUUACUAAAUGAAAGAGGUCAAAUGAAUGAGAAGAAAGUGUAGAUAAUCACAUUGAAUCCCAAAUCUAUCACUAUGAAGGAAUUAUACGGUAAAUUUGAUGAAGUCUCUCAUGAAUGGUAUGAUGGAGUGUUGGCUGUUAAAUUUAGAUAAUUUGCUAAGGCUGAAGAUGAGGAUAGAAAAUGGUUGAUAUUUGAUGGACCUAUUGAUGCGGUUUGGAUUGAAAAUAUGAACACAGUGUUGGAUGAUAAUAAGAAAUUAUGUUUGAAUUCAGGAGAAAUCAUUGCCAUGAGCAAAGCUAUGAACAUGGUGUUUGAACCAAUGGAUUUACAAGCAGCAUCUCCAGCCACUGUAUCCAGAUGCGGUAUGAUUUAUAUGGAACCAUAAAUUGUUGGUUGGAAACCAUUGCAAAAGUCAUGGAUGAAUACAUUACCAAAAGUACUACUGAAAGAAGAUUUAGAGGAAAUUUAAGAACUCUAUGAUGCCAUGAUGGAACCUCUAAUGGAAUUCCACUCCCACUAGAGAAUGGCAUCAGAAAAGUACGAAAUAUCUCCUUGUCAGAAUGCUAACUUGCUUGUAAGUCACACUAAGUUAUUUAAAUCUUUGCUCCAAGUCUUCGAAGAUGAAUAAUUGAAGGGCCUUGAUGCAAAAAUAAGACAAGGAUUGUUGCAAUAGUAAUUUGUAUUCGCUUUGAUUUGGUCAUUCGGAGCUAGUGUUAGUACUGACUUCAGAAAACCCUUUGAUCAAUUUAUGAAGAGAUUGUGUGGAGGUGAUAUUCACACAAAAAAUGAUGCCCCAAAAAAGAAAGUCGCCAUCCCAGAUAGAGGCAGUCUUUUUGAUUACAUUUUCGACUUGAAAUAGAACAAGAGUGAUGGCGAAUGGAUUUUAUGGACUCAAUUGAUAGAUAAGAAUGAGUAGAUCUCUCCAAAGUUGUAACCACACGAAAUUCUAGUGAAAACUACUGAUACAGUACGUUAUUCGUAUUGGUUAUUGAAGAACAUAUUCUCAGGCACAGCCACUUUGUUCUGUGGUCCUACUGGUACUGGCAAGAGUGUGUAUAUCAAGAAUGUACUUGCUGAGUUACCUAAGGGACAAUAUUCUGCAAUUGAACUAGGAUUCUCUGCUUAGACUACUUCGACAUAAACUCAAUUCAUUAUUGAUUAGAAAUUAGAGAGAAUCAGGAAGGGAUACUAUGGACCAAGAAUAGGCAAUUAUGUGAUAUUUGUUGAUGACUUAAAUAUGCCAGCAAAGGAGAAGUGGGGUGCUCAACCUCCAAUUGAAAUCUUGAGAUAAUUCUUAGAUUAAGGUGGUUGGUAUGACAAUGGUGAUAAAGAGAAGAUGUUCAAGAGCAUCAUAAAUUGCGUGUUUGUUACAGCAAUGGGUCCACCAGGAGGAGGAAGAACAUUUGUUACUCCCAGAAUUUUGAGACAUUUGAGUUUGAUCUCCUUGGCUGCUUUUGAUGAUGAGACAUUGAAUCGUAUCUUUGGAUCCAUUUUGAAGUGGUUCUUUACUAAUCAGAAUUUCCCAUAGGAUAUUUUGAAGAUGGAAUCCAAGAUAGUUAAUGGAACAUUAGAAAUAUACAAAUUGGCAAUGAGGGAAUUGUUGCCCACUCCAACCAAGAGUCAUUAUUUGUUUAACUUGAGAGACUUUGCAAAGGUGAUAUUGGGCAUCUGUCUAGCAGAUAAGGACAAGAUCAAUACAACUGAUGUGAUGGCUAGACUUUGGACUCACGAAGUUUGGAGAGUAUUUGCAGACAGACUGAUCAAUGAUGAUGAUCGUCUAUUGAUGUUGAGAUCAGUAAGGGAGAUUAUGAGAAAGUCAUUUGGAUUGAACUUUGAUACCAUAUUUGAACAUCUAGACAAGCCUGAUGCUGAGGGUAAGAAAGACAACAAGAUUGAUUAAUUGGAUGAGAUCAGAGGUCUAAUAUUUACUGAUGUAAUGACACCGAUGGGUGCUCCCAAGAGAUUCUACGAAGAAGUAAUUGACCAAGCAAAAUUAGCCAAUGCUGUUGAAUAGCAAUUGCAAAACUAUAAUGAUUUGAGUGACAAACCCAUGGAUUUGGUGUUGUUCUAAUUUGCCAUCGAGCACUUGUUAGUAAUCACACGUAUCAUGAAACAACCUGGUGGUAAUGCGUUGCUUGUUGGUGUCGGUGGUUCUGGUAGAUAAUCAUUGGCAAGAUUAGCAUCUUCUAUUGGUGAUUUCAAAGUAGUUUAGAUAGAGAUAUCUAAGUCAUAUGGAAAAUUAGAAUGGCAUGAAGACAUCAAGAAAUUGUUGAAGUAAUGUGGAGGUAAGAAUGAAGCAUCUACAUUUCUGUUCACUGACAACUAAAUCAAAUUGGAAUCCUUCGUUGAGGAUGUGAAUAAUUUAUUAAAUACUUCUGAAGUUCCCAACAUCUUCCCAACAGAAGAGAAAACUGAAGUCACUGAAAUGGUCAGACCAGCCUAUCAAUCUAUAAAUAAGGAGGGAGAAGCUACUUUGAAUCAACUGUAUGCUUUCUUCUUGGAAAGAGUCAAAAAGAACCUCCAUAUCGUAUUAUGCAUGUCGCCUAUUGGAGACGCCUUCAGAACAAGAGUGAGGAUGUUCCCUUCCUUAGUCAAUUGUUGUACCAUAGAUUGGUUUAAUGAAUGGCCUCAAGAUGCCUUGGUGAGUGUGGCUACAAGGUUCCUUAAGCCAGUAGAAAUGGAUGACAGAAUCAAAUAGGAAUGCAUAGACAUGGUGUAAUUCUUCCAUCAAAGUACUAUGCAUUGGGCUAAGAAGUUCUAUGAUGAUCUCAAACGCAAAUAUUAUGUGACUCCAACCAGUUACUUGGAAUUGAUCGUAACAUUCAAAUCCCUGUUGUAUGAAAAGAGAAAUGAAGUCACCGCUCAGAUCAAUAAAUAUAGAAAUGGUCUAAGUAAGAUCACAACCACUGAAAACAAUGUGGAAGGCAUGAAAACCAAUUUGAUUCAAUUACAACCUCAAUUGAAGGAUGCUGCUGAAAAAACCAAGAUCAAAAUGGAUGAAGUACAAAAAGAGAAAGUACAAGCAGAUUCACUCAAGACAGUUAUUCAAUCAGAAGAGGCUGUGGUGCAAGAGGCAGUCGAUAAGGCUAAUGCCAUCAAGGAGGAAUGUGAGGCUGAGUUGUCUGAAGCCAUGCCAGCACUCAAAGCUGCUUAAGAUGCCUUGAAUGUCUUGGAUAAGAAGCAAAUUGAAUUCUUGAAGCAAAUGAAAGCUCCUUCUAUGACAAUCAGGAAUAUCUUAAGAGCUUUGUGUCUCCUUUUGUAUCCAAACCCAACUGAGAAGACCAAGGACAAGGAUGGUAUUAGAUUGGUCACAGAUUGGUGGUCAGCUUCAUUGAAGGUCUUGGGAAGAUCAGGUCUUCUAGAUGAGAUGGUUUCAUUCAAUACUGAUACUGUGGAAGAAAAGGUCAUUGUUAAUUUGGGUAAAUAUUUACAGGAUCCUGAAUACAAGGAGUCCUUAGAAUUGUCUGCAGCUGAAAAUGCAUCCCCUGCUUGUAAAGUUAUUAUGAUGUGGAUCAAUGGUGUGUAUAACUUCUAUUUUGUUAACAAAAAGGUUAAACCCAAGAAGAUUGCCUUGGCAGAGUCCUAGGCUCAAGUGGAUGGUUUGAAUGCCAAGUUAGCUGUAAAGCAAAAGGAAUUGAAUGAUGCCAAUGAGAAAGUUAGCAAAUUAAAUAAAGAAUUACAACAAACUAUUGACAAUAAAAAUAGAUUAGAAAAUGAAUAUGAAGAAUGCUCCAAAUAAUUAGAAAGAGCCAAGAAGCUUAUUGAAUCAUUAGGAGGAGAAAAAGGUAGAUGGGGAGCAUUUGCUGAGCAACUAGAAGCCAACUAUAUCACAUUGACAGGAGAUGUAUUGACAUCAGCAGGUAUGAUUGCAUAUUCAGGUGCCUUUACUCAAGCAUUUAGAAUUGAGAUUGUCAAAGAAUGGGUAGCUAAAUGUGUUGAAAAAAGUAUUCCUUCUUCUUAGAUAUUCUCAUUGCUAACAGUCUUAGGAGAACCUGUAAAAAUCAGAGCUUGGAACAUUGAUGGUUUGCCUUCAGAUCAAUUCUCUAUUGAAAACAGUAUCAUUCUGUUCAAAGCCAGAAGAUGGCCACUUUGUAUCGACCCAUAAGGACAAGCAAACAAAUGGAUCAAGAAGAUGGAACACUCAAGAAAAAUUGCUAUCAUCAAAUUAUCAGACUCUGAUUUCUUGAGAUAAUUGGAAAAUGCCAUCCAAUUCGGAAAACCAGUAUUGUUGGAGAAUGUUCUGGAGGAAUUGGAUGCUUCACUCACUCCCAUUCUCUUAAAGUAAGUAUUCACUAAAGGAAACACAUCCUAUAUCAAAUUGGGAGAGAGCACAAUUGAAUAUUCAAAUCAAUUCCAAUUCUACAUUACAACUAAACUCAGAAAUCCCCACUAUUUACCUGAAAUAUCAACCAAGGUGACUUUGCUGAACUUUAUGAUCACAUAUGAAGGAUUGAGUGAUCAACUAUUAGGUAUUUUGGUUAAGAAAGAGAGACCUGAUCUGGAGAGAGAAAAGGAAAGACUCAUUAUGGAAGGUGCUAGUAAUAAAAAGUAAUUGGCAGAAAUUGAAUAAAAGAUUUUGGAAGUCUUAUCUGGAAAUAAGAAUAUUUUAACAGAUGAAACUGCAAUUGAGAUUUUAACAGCAUCUAAAUUAAAAUCAAAUGAAAUUAGUGAGAAAUAAAUUAUUGCUGAAUAGACAGAGAAAAAUAUUGAUGCUGCCAGACAAGAGUACGUCUCUGUUGCAUAAUAAGCUUCUUGCUUAUUCUUUGUCAUUUCUGAUCUCAACAAUAUUGAUCCCAUGUAUUAAUAUUCACUUGUCUAUUUUAUUGAUCUCUUCACUCAAUCAAUUGUAAAAUCAGAUAAAUCAGACAAUAUUGGCAUCAGACUGGAGAAUCUCAAAAACUAUUUCCUGCUCUCCUUGUAUAGAAACAUUUGUAGAUCAUUAUUUGAGAAGGAUAAAUUGUUAUUCUCCUUCCUUCUGGCAACGAGAGUGAUGGAAUUCCGUAAACAAUUAGAUUAAGAGGCAUUCAGAUUUUUGAUGACUGGAGGGUUGUCCUUAUAAGAAAAGAUGCCCGAUCAACCUAAAACAGACUGGGUAUUACCGAAGAAUUGGGGAGAAAUCACUCGAUUGAGUUUGCUACCAACAACCUAAGGAUUCCAUGAAUACUUCUACAAGGAUGACUACUUGAAUGGAUUCAAGAGAAUUUAUGAUUCCUUAUAACCACAAUCUGAAGAUUUACCAGGAGAACUUAAAGAUAAAUACACAAACCCAUUGAUAAAGUUGUGUGUAUUAAGAUGCAUCAGACCAGAUAAAUUGAUUCCUGCCAUUUAGAUAUUUGUUCAUGGGUAUUUGGGAGAGGAAUUCAUCUUCCCACCUGCUUUCAACUUGGCUGAGAUCUAUGAAGACAGUUCUUCAGUAACUCCUCUCAUCUUUGUCUUAUCUCCAGGAUCAGAUCCAUUUGCUUCAUUGAGUGUAUUUGCCAAUGCUAAGAACAAAUCCUUUGCUCAAAUUUCAUUGGGAUAAGGCUAAGGACCAUUAGCACAAAAAUUGAUAUCAGAAGGUGUAAUCAAUGGAAGUUGGGUAGUGUUACAAAAUUGUCACUUGGCAGUUUCUUGGAUGAACACUCUAGAGAAGAUCUGCGAAGAAUUAUCACCAGAUCCUAAACAAACUCAUCCUGAAUUUAGAUUGUGGCUCACCAGUUAUCCAAGUCCUCAAUUCCCCACUGCCAUCUUAUAAGCUGGUAUUAAGAUGACUAAUGAACCUCCAAAGGGAUUAAAGGCUAAUUUACAAGGAUCCUAUUUGACCGAUCCAAUCUCAAAUGACGAAUUCUUUUCUGGUUGUAAUAAGCCCGAAUGGUUUAAGAGAUUGCUAUUUGGUUUGUGUUUCUUCCAUGCAGUUAUUCAAGAACGAAGGAAGUAUGGACCUCUUGGAUGGAACAUCCCUUAUGAAUUUAACGAGUCAGAUCUACGUAUCUGUGUCAGAUAAUUAAGAAUGUUCUUGGAUGAAAAUGAUUAGGUACCUUUUGAGGCAUUAAGAUAUUUGACUGCAGAAUGCAAUUAUGGUGGAAGAGUCACAGAUGACAAGGACAGAAACCUUAUCAAAAUUCUACUUGAGGAUUACUAUUGUCCAUAAGUAAUUGAUGAAAAUGAGAAAUACAAUUUUGGUUAUGAAGAAUACAAUGCACCUCAUUAUGAAACAAGGGAAGAAUAUUUGGAUCAUAUCAAAUAACUCCCACUUUUGACUCCACCUCAAAUAUUUGGUUUCCAUCCAAAUGCUGAUAUCACCAAAGAUAUGAACGAAACAAAUCUUAUUCUAGACUCUUUAUUAUUGUGUUCAGCUUAAGGUGGUAGUUCAAGUGGACAAUCAUUUGAAUAAGUGCUUGAAUAAUUGGUCAAAACAAUUAUGACGGAUUUCCCUGAAGAAUUCAAUUACGAACAAGCCACUGAAAAAUAUCCAUUCAAUCCUAAAGAAUCCAUGAAUACAGUGCUUACAUAAGAAUUAACUAGAUUUAAUAAGUUGAUCAACAUCAUUAGAAAAAGCAUGGAUGAUCUCAAACUUGCUCUUAUGGGUAAGAUCUUAAUGAGUCCACAACUCGAAAGAGCCAGCAGACAAUUAUUUGAUGGUAAAGUCCCUGAUCUUUGGAUGGAAAAAUCUUAUCCCUCAUUAAAACCACUAGGAAGUUACGUAAUUGAUCUUAAGGCUAGAUUGACCUUCUUCUAGAAAUGGUUGGAUGAAGGAAUUCCUUACAAUUAUUGGUUAUCUGGAUUCUUCUUUACCCAAAGUUAUCUUACUGGUGUCUUAUAAAAUUUUGCAAGAAAAUAUGUAAUUCCCAUCGAUGAAAUUAAAUUCGAAUACAAGGUACUUCUACUGUCAUUAUUUUUAGAUUAUGGAUUAAUCAAUCGAUGAACAUAUUUAAUCCAGACCAGAAGAUGGAGCCUAUGUUUGGGGUUUAUAUUUAGAGGGUGCCAAAUGGAAUUUCCAUACCAUGGAACUCGAUGAAUCAGAUCCAAAAGUACUAUUUAUUAUAGAAUUUAGGUUUUAUUCACAAAAUGUCCUACCAUUUAAUUAUGUCCUAUGCAUAUUUCUAAGAUUGAUCCUCCUCCUACUUAUAAUUGUCCCCUCUACAAAACUAGUGCCAGAAGAGGAGUGUUGUCUACAACUGGUCACUCUACUAAUUUUGUGAUGUACGUCAGACUAUAUACUUCCAAACCAGAGAGAUUCUGGGUUAAAAGAGGUGUAGCCCUACUUACACAAUUGGACGAUUGACAG